CGCGUCCCGCUGCCUGGCAACGCCUGACGCGGAGGGGCUAGCGGGGCCGCCCAUUGGCCCGCUCGUCUCCCUGCCUCCCAUUGGCUGCCGCUUUAAAUCCCCGCGGGCGCCGAUUGGCGGCGGCGCACGCGGCGUGUUCAAAACGGCCGGCGCGGCGAUGGCGGCCGCCCAGUUGCGCUGCACGGCGGCCGUGGAGGAGCCGCUGCCGGGGGGCUGCGCCCCGCGCCGCCGCGUCCUGCGGGCCGCCACCGUGCUGCUGGGCCGCAACGAGCUGCGCCAGCCCGUGCUGCGGGUGGAGGGCGGCAGCGGCGCGGCGGCCGCGGUGCUGAGCUUCGCGCUGAGCGGGGACGGCGUGCGGCUCUUCACGCGGUUCGCGGGCGAGGGGCGGGCGGCGGUGCGGGUGGGUCCGGGCGGCGCGCAGGUCCUGCUCUCCGACUGCCCCCCGGACGCGCUGCGCCGCUUCCUCCGCCUCCUGCGCCUCAAGGUGGCCGCAGGCUCGCGGGGCCCGACGCGGCCCCCGCGCCUGCUGGAGAGGCCGCCGGCGUCCUUCGCCGUGAUCAGCCCGGUGCAAGAGCGGGACCUGCUGCUCAACCCCGGCCCCCGCCGCGGCUGCGGGGACGGGCGUGGGGAGCGCCCCGCCGAGGUGCCCCGUGCCGAGAGGCGGCCCCCGGCGCGGCUCUCGGCGGAGCAGGAGGCGGUGCUGGGAGCCGUGCGGAGCGGCAAGAGCAUCUUCUUCACCGGCUGCGCAGGGACUGGGAAGUCGUUCCUGCUGAAGAGGAUCGUGGGGUCCCUCCCUCCGAACAUCACCUAUGCCACAGCCAGCACAGGAGUGGCCGCUUGCCACAUCGGUGGCACAACUCUCCAUGCCUUUGCAGCUUUGCUUUCUUCUCCCCCACCAGGGAUCGGCUCUGGGAAGGCACCGUUGGAACAGUGCAUUCAGCUGGCGGAGAGGCCGGGGGUGCGCCAGCACUGGCUGGCCUGCCAGCACCUGAUUAUCGAUGAGAUCUCAAUGGUGGAUGGAAAGUUCUUUGACAGGCUGGAGGCAGUGGCAAGGGCAGUCAGAAAACGGGAUGAGCCUUUUGGGGGAAUUCAGCUAAUCAUCUGUGGGGACUUCUUGCAGCUACCUCCAGUCUGCAAGGCUAAUGAAGAAACCAAGUUCUGCUUCCAGGCAAAAAGCUGGAGGAAAUGUAUCCACAUAAACAUGGAGCUGACUGAAGUGCGACGACAGACUGACAAGACCUUUGUCUCCCUCCUAAGUGCAAUCCGUUUAGGCAGGUGCACAGAGGAGGUUACCAGGCAGCUGAUGCAGACGGCUACCAACAGGUCUGAGCGUGAUGGGAUCCUGGCUACACGGCUCUGCACCCACAAAGAUGAUGUCGAAAUAACUAAUGAGAGACGCUUGCAGCAGCUACCAGGAGAAGUGCACACGUUUGAGGCUUUGGACAGUGACCCAAUGCUAGUGAAGUUAAUUGAUGCUCAGUGUCCUGUGGGUGGUAGAGUUGAGCUAAAGGUUGGAGCUCAGGUGAUGCUAGCGAAGAAUCUGGAUGUGUCCCAAGGGCUGGUGAAUGGGGCACGAGGCGUUGUUGUAGGAUUUGAAAGUGAACAGAAGGGGCUGCCUAAGGUGAGGUUUCUCUGUGGGGUCACACAGGUCAUAAGAAUGGAGAAAUGGGUCUUCAAAGGACCAUCAGGAGUUCACCUGAGUCGUCAACAGCUGCCUUUAAAAUUGGCAUGGGCCAUUUCCAUUCACAAGAGUCAGGGCAUGUCUUUAGACUGUGUGGAAAUCUCCCUGGCUCGUGUCUUUGAAAGUGGGCAGGCCUAUGUAGCCCUCUCCCGAGCCCGUAGCCUUGCAGGUCUCCGUGUUCUGGAUUUUGACCCAAAAGUAGUGAGAGCUGAUCCUUCUGUGCUGCAGUUCUACAGACAUCUGAGGCGUCAUCAGCUGCUGACCCAGGAUUCACCACGCACCUAUUCAGAUGCUGAUGAGAAGGAGAACGUGAAACACAGCUGAUAAUGCUCUCCUGGUUUCUGUGGAGUGUCAGCACAGACUGCUGAGGUGCAGCGAUCUUGCUGUUGAGUAUAUUUGAUAACACAGGUAACGUCAAAGGAC